UGUUUGGGGCGCACACGUGAAUCAAUCACCCACCCUUAAUGUACGUGUUUAGAUGUGAGUCUGUUUUUUUCAUCGUGUUUUUGUCUGCUUACCUUUUUGCGUCGUCUUGCGCAUUUUUCGCUGAGUGCAGCAAUUGAUUUGCCGUUGUGUAAGAACAAUCGAAACUUUUGUUUCACGUUUUUCGCAUGAAUUGCAAGAAAAAACUGACGUUGUCAAGUUCGUUUUGAUAAACAAAAGUAAAGCCGUCGAAGCAGAAAAAGGGCCAAGUUCUGGACGGGAAAAGAUGGAUGGGACGUAGUAAUUAUUGCCAAUUUGGACGGACAAAGUGUUCCACCAUGGCCGACUUGUAUUGGCAAUGACCACGGCCAUACGCAAAUGAAAAUCGCUUUCAACGUCUCAUUGUUCCUCCAAGACGCUAUGGAUGUAGUCGCUGGACUGGUGGAGAGUAACGUCUUGGUUAACGGAUCUUUGAACACGAGCAAUCAAACGGAUGGCGAUGAAAGAGUAAUAGGCUCUUUGUUGAUGCCCGUUUGGGCAUACCAAUCAGCUGCUGCCUACCUGGUUUUUAUCAGCGUCGUCGGCCUGUUCAUGAACGUUCUCGUCAUCAUCGUCAUUCUCAAUGAUCCAGUGAAAAUGACGGCACUCAAUUGGAUGUUGCUUAAUUUGGCUUGUUCCGAUGGAAUCAUUGCUGGUUUUGGAGCUCCAAUUUCAGCAUCGGCGGCUCUUCAACUUGACUGGCCAUUUAGUGACGAAUUGUGCAUCGCCUACGCCAUGAUCAUGUCCACCGCAGGGAUAGGAUCGAUAACAACUUUAACCGCUUUGGCCCUGUGGCGAUGUCAGUUGGUUGUCUAUUGCCCGGCAAAGCGGAGCAACGCUUUUGCAAACAACAACAACGGCGGAAGACUGGGACAUUGUCGGGCCGUCUUUUUGCUGGCCAGCAUCUGGACGUACUCGUUAGCUGUGACAUGUCCACCGCUUUUCGGAUGGGGACGAUACGACAGAGAAGCUGCUCACAUCAGCUGCUCGGUGAAUUGGGAGUCUAAAAUGGACAACAAUCGGCUGUACAUCGUGUACAUGUUUGCCUUUGGAUUGUUCGUCCCAUUGGCGGUGAUCGUCAUUUCUUACGUCAGCAUCUUACGCGUCGUUAAAAAGACGAAAGAAAUGAGGAGGAAAACGCAAGCCGCUGUGACGGGAUACAAACACGAGAGCCAACAGGUCAUUACGGCGAGAACAACGUCUCGUAACCAUCCCGUCAAUAGGCGACAAAGUCGACGGGUAAUACGUAACGUCCAGAAGAUGAGUAGCACCGAUGCGGCUGAGAAGCGUGUGACGGUCAUGGUGGCCUGCAUGGUCGGCGCCUUCCUGACGGCCUGGACGCCCUAUUCCAUUUUGGCUCUUUUCGAAACAUUCACGGGCGAAAUGGGCCUUCCGUCGAAUGGCAAUUUUUCAUGGCAAGGCAAUGGCAACGAGUUGCGUUACGUCGGCACAAUUUCGCCUGGAUUCGCCACCAUUCCGUCGCUUUUCGCUAAGACGUCCGCCGUUCUCAAUCCACUGAUUUACGGACUGCUCAACACUCAGUUCCGUGCGGCCUGGGAUAAAUUUUCCAUUCGAUUUUUGGGCCGACGACAUCGUCAAUCAGAGGCGGCGAAAGUCGAUUCCGGCUGUAAACGACGGAAGAAUUGGCGUCAGCUGUUCGAACGGGCGACAUCGCCAACGUUGAAACCGUCCGCCACCGUCCGUUUAUCGAUGAAACAAAUUCAUUUCGACGAAUCGCAAUCGAUUUACGUUCUGGCUAAUCCACGACCUCUGAUCGCUAGUCCUCCAGUUGGCCGUUUGGUCCAACGAGCGCAACACCAACGCCAACCGUCACCCACGCGGAUGUCUUCAUCGAUGGCUGAUGAUGAGACGACCAUCGUUCACCAACCGUCGAUUCAAAUGAGAUCGUUUAACAAUUCAGAAUUGCAGGAACGUGUGUUGCAUCAACAGGAGGCCGCAAUCAAGUUGGCAGUUGUUUCCGACUAGUCCCGUCAAUCAUUUCAGCGAUGAUCAAGUAAGAAUCCGUCGCGUCUGGAACGUUCCAAGACACGCCCUGUGCUAAAAGGCGGUACGUCGUGUGUCUUUGAAUAUUUUUCAAAGUAUUGCGGAAUGUGAGUGGUUGAAAUCUGGGACAUGCCGCGCGUUUGCAUCAAAGAUGUUGGGUAGAUUGACUAAAAGAUAACGGCGCGCUAUCAAAGAAUUAAAGGGUAGUCUAGCUGUGUUUUAGGCCAAACCAACCCAUAAUGGGGAGAAAAAAGGAACACUACAUUUUUUAAGGGCAUUUGAAAUACAUUCAGAAUGUUUGGUUAUGUACAGAGGCAUAGGAAUGAAUUCCAUUUUUGGUUUUGUUUUAUAGAUGACUUGAGGCGUUCUUUAUAAAUAACUUUGCCCGCCUUUCCCACUCACUAAUAUAGGCAAGAGUUGCGUGAAUUUUGCAUUCCGUUGAAAACGAAGGCUUUUGCUCGUGAAUAACGCCUUCAUACAACAGCGUAGUUUCGUCUGUCAUCAUUUUUUAUGUUUCAACAUUUCCUUGUCGAUAAGCACAUCAUCUCCCUGCUGACGUGUUCAUGUUUUAUUACCCGUUCUCUCCCCUGUGAUCUUUUUUUUUUGAAAAAAGAAAUGAGAUUUCCUGUUCAACAUUAGCCGUCAAUUCUAAUUUUGGUCUUUAGUUUUGGAGACUGCGUGAUAAUGGACGAUCCUUUGAGCUAUUGCAGUUGCAUUUCUACACAAAGGUGAACAUAAUGUUCUAAUUUAAUGACUCACCUGCUGAGACGUUAAUCCUUGUUGAUCGUUAAUUGAACGUGCGCACGUCAUUUGUUUUGUAUACGCGAAGUGCUAAAAAUGAAUAGAUCUGCAAGUUAUGCCCGUGUGAACCAGCAACGGCAUAUGCAUUUAUUAAGAAAUGCCACCGUAAGAAUUUAGUUCGAUUCAUGUGUAUACGACUAUAUAUGGCGGAAUACAGCAUUCUCGGAAAUGA